ACUCCACGCGCGCGCGCACCGAGCCGAGCCUUCUGCAGACUGAGCACGGCGACCGGCGCCACCGUCUCCGCUCCUCGCCCGCGCCGCGCGCCGCCUGCCGCCGCUGCAAGAUCCAUGGCCGCCGCGUCGACCUCUGGCAGCAGCUCCCGCGCGGCCCUCCCCGCGCUGGCCUUCGCCGGCUUCGUCCUUCUUCUUCUCGCCCCCGCCGUAGCCGGCGAGGAGGCCUCGGCGCCGCCGGGGCCGCUGGAGUUCCACGUCGGCGGGCCGCGCGGGUGGCGCGUCCCGGACGGCAACACCAGCUACGGCUGGUGGGCCACCAACAACCGCUUCCGCGUCGGCGAUCGCCUCCUGUUCAGGUACGCCAACGACUCGGUGCUGCUGGUGGAGCGGCCGGCCUUCGACGCCUGCAACACCACGGCGCCGCUCGCCGCGUUCGACGACGGCGCCACCACGUUCGCCCUCGACCGCCCGGGCUUCUUCUGCUUCAUCAGCGGCGAGCCGGGCCACUGCGAGCAGGGCCAGAAGCUCGUCGUGCGCGUCAUGGUGCACCUGGCCGCGUCCGGCCCGGCCUCCGCGCCUGGGGCACCGGCACAGCCGGGCCACGGCGGCGGCGGCCGCCCCGGGCCGCCGGGAUUGCCCGGCGCAACCUCCGGCGCAGCCACAGCCGCUGCCACCAGCGUCGCCGUCGCGGCGGCGCUGGUUGUCCUUGCCAGUCUCGUCCUGAUGAUGGAGUGAUCAGCAGUUUGCAUGCGAACUCGCCUGCGUAGUUUGUUAGGUUUAAUCUGCCUGUGUUUAUUUCUGCUUAGGAUCCAUGACUCGUCUAGUGUUGGUACUGUAUCGUGUCAAGACAAUUUGCUUGUUUUACUGAGUAAUCGUGUACUAUUUAAUUCCUAUGUAAUGUGAUCUAUGUAUGGAGUUACUGUGAUUCCCUUGGUUAGUUUAUUCGGUAAAAAAA